GGUUUCAGUUUGACAGUGUAACCUAAUCCCCAGCUAGCUCGUCUAUAAAAGUACAAGUAGAAAGCAGGUGAUAAGAGUCGAAAGCAAAAGAUAAGCCCCCGCCCGCCCAAGAUAACUCUCCGCUUCAUUCCCAUUUCUCUUCUUCUCUUCACUCAGAUUAGUAGAUGGCUUCCACAUUUGCUGCUAUGUCUUCUGCUGGCUCCUUGAUUGCGCCCAGUGGCUCAGUGAUGGAUAAGAAGAUUCUGAGCUCAUCUACAAAGUUAUCAUCUUUUGCCUCUAUAUCUUCACGGCCAUUUGGCAGGAGACAAAGUGUUUCUGUACGAAAAGCACGUCCUCUAGUAACUGCAGCUGCAAAGGAAUUGUAUUUCAACAAGGAUGGAUCUGCGAUAAAGAAGCUACAAAAUGGAGUGAAUAAGCUGGCUGAUCUAGUUGGUGUAACUCUCGGUCCAAAGGGAAGGAAUGUAGUCCUAGAGAGCAAAUAUGGUUCCCCAAAAAUUGUAAAUGAUGGAGUUACUGUUGCGAAAGAGGUUGAAUUGGAGGAUCCGGUGGAAAACAUUGGUGCAAAGUUGGUGAGACAAGCGGCUGCUAAGACCAAUGAUUUGGCUGGUGACGGGACAACAACAUCUGUUGUUCUUGCACAGGGUAUUAUCGCUGAAGGUGUUAAGGUAGUUAUAGCUGGUGCAAACCCUGUCCUUGUCACCAGAGGCAUUGAGAAGACAACAAAGGCUUUAGUGACUGAACUUAAAUUGAUGUCAAAAGAGGUUGAAGACUGUGAAUUGGCAGAUGUGGCUGCAGUUAGUGCUGGAAACAACUAUGAAAUAGGAAAUAUGAUAGCAGAAGCAAUGAGUAAAGUGGGUCGAAAAGGAGUAGUGACUUUGGAAGAGGGUAAAAGUGCAGAAAACAGUUUAUAUGUUGUUGAAGGAAUGCAAUUUGAUCGUGGUUACAUCUCACCAUACUUUGUAACUGAUAGUGAAAAGAUGACUGUUGAAUAUGAGAACUGCAAGCUAUUACUAGUUGACAAGAAAGUGACAAAUGCAAGGGAUCUUGUUAAUGUACUGGAAGAUGCCAUUCGAGGUAGCUACCCUAUUCUAAUAAUUGCAGAAGACAUUGAGCAAGAAGCUCUAGCAACUCUUGUCGUUAACAAGCUUAGAGGGGCCUUGAAGAUUGCUGCACUUAAAGCUCCCGGGUUUGGGGAACGAAAGAGCCAGUAUCUUGAUGACAUUGCCAUUCUUACAGGAGGGACUGUGAUUAGAGAAGAGGUUGGGCUUAGCUUAGACAAAGCUGACAAAGAUGUAUUGGGUCAUGCCGCCAAGGUUGUUCUGACAAAGGAUACAACUACAAUCGUUGGGGAUGGCAGCACACAAGAUGCAGUUAACACACGUGUAUCACAAAUCAGAAACCUCAUCGAGGCUGCCGAGCAAGAUUAUGAAAAAGAAAAACUUAAUGAAAGAAUUGCAAAGCUCUCGGGAGGUGUUGCUGUCAUUCAGGUUGGAGCACAAACUGAAACAGAGUUAAAGGAGAAAAAGCUUAGAGUAGAAGACGCUCUUAAUGCAACAAAGGCAGCUGUUGAGGAAGGUAUUGUUGUUGGUGGCGGCUGUACUCUUUUAAGGCUAGCUGCCAAAGUUGAUGCCAUUAGGGACAGUCUUGAGAAUAACGAGGAAAAGGUUGGGGCAGAUAUAGUAAAAAGAGCUUUGAGCUAUCCUCUCAAGUUGAUUGCCAAAAAUGCCGGUGUUAAUGGAAGUGUCGUCAGUGAAAAGGUGCUUGCCUCAGAUGACCAGAAGUAUGGAUAUAAUGCAGCUACGGGAAACUAUGAAGAUUUGAUGGCUGCUGGGAUCAUUGACCCAACCAAGGUUGUGAGAUGUUGCUUGGAACAUGCUUCAUCUGUGGCGAAAACCUUUUUGAUGUCGGAUUGUGUAGUUGUCGAGAUCAAAGAGCCUGAGCCUGCCAUGCCUGUCAACCCCAUGGACAAUUCAGGUUAUGGAUACUAGAAGCUACUCAGAUAAUUAGAAGUUGUCAAAUGAUUGAAGCGGACUAACGAUGGAUGCACCUAGUGGCGGAUCCAUCAAAAAAUUUUGUAAAUUUUCUUAUUGUUAGAGUGACGGUUCCAUUUAAGGCUCAUGUAUCAAUUGGUGACUUAAAAGUGUAUGAAAUAGUGGAUGCAUAUUUUAUUUUCAAAUGAGCAAGUCCUAAAUUACACAUUA